GCAGGGACUCAGAACAGCCUGUGCGAUACACAGUUACCGAUUAAGGCAGGGGAGCGAGAGAGGGAGAGUGAGCUGCAAAGGGCGAGAAAGACAUCAUAGAGAAGCAGGAGACAGAAGAGAGGGGUAAGAGGCUGCUCCAUCAAACAGCAUCCCAGAAUGAACAUGUCCAGCAAUUCUGCUUUGAUCCAGCAGAUCUAUCCCUUCCAUGACGGCUGGAAUGUUGCCUGCUUCAUCAUCCUCCUACUAUUCGUCCUCACCAUCCUCUCCCUCGCCACGCUGGCGCUCCUCUACGAGCUGCUGGACUGCGGUUGCUUCACCAAGAACAAAACAGUCCGCGAUCUGCGCCGCCAGCAUGAUGAGGUGGUUUAGCUGUAACCAUGGUGACAGCAGACACGGUUACCGUAGGAACCACAGCAAGAGAGUGGUGGAAAUGGCUGCAGAUAUGGACGGGGCUGUUCACCAGAUCGGAGUCCCUUAAAAACACACCACACAUUUACAGAGAAGCACUCCACUCCCAAAAGCUCCAACAGCAAUACACAGAACGGGUGUCUCGAUGGAAAUAUAGAAUAUUUAAAGCCAUCAGAAAGAGAGGAAAAAUUUGCUUUUGUGUGUGCACGUCAUAGUCUCCUCUGAAUAUAGUUUGCAUUCAGUAUUCCAGUACUUUUGUUUGAUGCUGAAUUUUAAAAAUGUGUUUACAUGAAGCCUUCCUUUUGUGUGGGAUGACCUAUAGUUUGCAAGUCAGUGUUGUGGAAUUCAUAAGCUACAUAUAUGACCCUCCUUACAACACACACAAACUCUCACACAAUAUGGUUUGAAUAAAGGGAAUGUUUCUAUGUGACUAUGUUUACAGAGUUGAUAUCAGAAUCAUUGUUGUAUACAUAUAUCUACAAGAAGCACAUUAAAGGCCAAUUACUGCAUCAAUGCAAAUGCCUUAAAAUUGUGUAUUUAUCUGAUCUAAUAAAAUCCUACAA